AUGGGGGCAUAUGCAUAUCCAUAUGUUAUUAGUCUUUUGGUGGUUUUAAACUUUGCUACCUUUUUCACUUCUUUGGCAUGCCCUUAUUGUCCUUACCUUCCUCCUCCCCCUAAACCACCUACUUCAGCUUGUCCUCCCCCUGAACACCCUCCACACACCAAGCCACCACCUCAUACGCCGUCCGGAAAACCGCCUUCCUACCCUCAUAAACCACCUCAUUCUCCUCAUAAACCACCUCAACAUUCUCCUCAUAAACCACCUCAACAUUCUCCCUAUAAACCACCUUAUCACACCCCACCAUAUACUCCUAAACCGUCGCCGCCCUUUGUUACUCCACCUUACACACCACCACCACAUGGUUUUAAACCUCCUAUUGUCACUCCACCAUACACUCCACCUUAUUCUCCAAAACCACCACAUCAUCAUCAUCCCUACAAACCACCUCAUUACACCCCUAAACCUCCUAAAGUAGCACCACCAUAUACUCCUAAACCUACACCACACACCCCACCACCACAUGGCUUUAAACCUCCUAUUGUCACUCCACCAUACACUCCACCUUAUUCUCCAAAACCACCACAUCAUCAUCCCUACAAACCACCUCAUUACACACCUAAACCUCCUAAAGUAUCACCACCAUAUACUCCUAAACCUACACCACACACCCCACCACCACAUGGCCUUAAACCUCCUAUUGUCACCCCACCAUACACUCCACCCUACACACCCAAACCUCCUAUUGUUAGCCCACCCUAUACACCAAAACCUCCUGUUACUCCACCCUACACACCUAAACCUCCUAUUGUCAGCCCACCAUAUAGCCCACCCUACACACCUAAACCUCCCAUUGUGAGCCCACCUUACACACCAAAACCCCCUACUGUGAGCCCACCCUACACACCUAAACCCCCCAUUGUGAGCCCACCCUACACACCAAAACCUCCUGUUGUGAGCCCACCAUAUAGCCCACCCUACACACCAAAACCUCCUAUUGUGAGCCCACCAUAUAGCCCACCCUACACACCAAAACCUCCUGUUGUGAGCCCACCAUAUAGCCCACCCUACAUACCAAAACCUCCUGUUGUGAGCCCACCAUAUACCCCACCCUACACACCAAAACCUCCUGUUGUGAGCCCACCAUAUAGCCCACCCUACACACCAAAACCUCCUGUUGUAAGCCCACCAUAUAGUCCACCCUACACACCAAAACCCCCAGUUGUAAGCCCACCAUAUAGUCCACCCUACACACCAAAACCUCCUGUUGUGAGCCCACCAUACACACCAACACCCCCAAUAGUAAGCCCACCAGUAGUAAGUCCACCAUACACACCAACACCUCCUAUUAUAACUCCUAGCCCACCAAGUCCCGUACCGAGUCCCGAAACACCUUGUCCACCACCACCACCACCACCACCAGUACCAUGCCCACCUCCUUCGACACCGGUUCAACCAACAUGCUCCAUUGAUACGUUAAAGUUGAAUGCAUGUGUCGAUGUACUAGGAGGGCUCAUACAUAUUGGUAUAGGAAGUGGUGCUAAAGGUGCAUGUUGUCCAAUCUUAGGUGGUCUUGUAGGGUUAGAUGCUGCUGUUUGUCUUUGCACUACUAUCAGAGCUAAACUUCUAAACAUCAACAUUAUUCUUCCUCUUGCUCUUCAAGUUUUGGCUGAUUGUGGCAAAUCUCCUCCUCCUGGUUUCCAAUGUCCUUCUUCAUAUUAGUUCUUUUACUCCUAGUUUGUGAUCGAUAUCAAUAUGUGUGUAAUUGUAUGUGUGUCUUUUUAAGUGCUAAAAAAAGUUCACUGAAUAAACACAACUUAUUUUAGCAACUAGUAUGGUGACUUUGUGAGUACAUGUAUUUACAUUUUUAGAAAGUAUUCCUUUGGGUCCAUGAACCUAACUAGUGAUGAGUAAUGACUAGUGACUAUUUCUAUUCUAUGAGCUUGUACUUGUAUGUUUCACGUGAGAGAAUCUACCAAUUGUAUGUCAA